UUCAGUGUUGUGAGUGCAAAUAAACCGAAGUAAUAACAAAAUAUUGAAAAAUUGUUAUGCAAAAAUGAAAAUAACUUACAGCCAAUGUAUUGAGCAGUUCACCUGUGACCCGAAUUCGAAUCGUAAUUUCAUAAAACCUAAAAAUAUUUAAAUAAUUUAAGAAAUAAAAAUAAUAAAUAUAAAAUUGUUCUUCAACUACUUAAAUCGGAAUCAAAACUAAUAAAAAAGCUCAGCACUCAGUGUAAAAAUUUCCGUCUUCACGGCAGCGUACGAUUGCCAAGGUUAAGUGCUGUGAAGUGGAGCUCUCAGAGGCUUAAGGAAAAUAUGCAGCAGUGUCGCGCAAAACUUAAAAGUCAACAGACGCCCAAAGAGCAUAAAAGAUUUUAAAUAAUUCCAUAAGCCGCGUACAAAUUUUACAAGUAUGAGCGCGAGUGUGUUGAGGUAAAAGGUGAUGCACACAAAAAUAGCUAAUACCAAGACAUAAAUACACCAGAAACCAGAAAGGUACAACGCAACAACAACAAAUAUAAAGCAAAGCAAAGUGUGAUUGUGUAAAUCAUGUCCAACGGAAAGGCGACAAAAUAAAAUCUAAAAGGAAAAUUCAUCAUAAUACACGCGCCCACUUAAAAAGCAGAAAGCCAAAUGUUAAACAAAUAAACAGGGAUUCACGUAUACGUACAUAUGCGGGAAUUUCUACGGCACUAAAAUGCUUGACUCACACACGCCACCAACGACGACAGUGAGUGAUUUUGAGAGCAUAGAGCCCUACAAGGUCGACACUUCUAAUGAAUUCGGGAGCAGUGGUGGUGGGGGCGGUAGAGGAGAGUUAGACGUCAUCAUCGCUAGUGAAACUAGUCGAGCUGCUUUCGGCGGUUUGGCGGAAAACCUACAAGAUAAUUAUUCCCAACUUAUCGGUACAACAUCGGCCAUUGAUUGGUGCAAUCAAUCACUGCUACUCUAUGGCAUAAAUAACUGUAGUAUGAAUAUUUACAGUGGAAUUAACGAUACAAUGGUCGACGAGGACAUAUCAUUCAUCCUACCAUGGUGGCGCCAAGUGCUGUGGUCUAUUUUAUUCGGUGGUAUGGUUUUGGUGGCUACAGGCGGAAAUUUAAUUGUCGUUUGGGUUGUUAUGACGACGAAAAGAAUGCGAACCGUUACUAAUUAUUUCAUAGUGAAUCUUUCCAUUGCGGAUGCCAUGGUAUCCAGUCUCAAUGUGACUUUCAAUUAUAUUUACAUGCUGGACAACGAUUGGCCUUUCGGUGAACUAUAUUGCAAAAUAUCGCAAUUUAUAGCAACGCUAAGCAUAAGCGCCUCGGUGUUUACACUAAUGGCGAUAUCCAUCGACAGGUAUGUUGCCAUUAUGAAGCCGUUGAAACCACGCAUGAGUAAGCGGUGCAAUCUGGGCAUUGCCGCCUUCAUUUGGAUAGCCUCAAUUGCGAUUUCAUGCCCCAUGUUGUUCUUCUUUACAACCGGCGAAGUCGAACUAAAGGAUGGUACCCGAAUUGUAUGCUACGCCGAGUGGCCUGAUGGUCCCACGAAUCAUUCGCAACAGGAAAAUGUUUACAAUAUCGUUUUCAUGAUUCUCACGUACAUACUGCCCAUCAUUUCGAUGACGGUCACUUAUUCACGAGUCGGCAUUGAACUUUGGGGCUCCAAGACGAUCGGAGAGUAUACGCCCAGACAGGUGGAGAAUGUUCGAAGUAAGCGAAGGGUGGUGAAAAUGAUGAUGGUUGUGGUGCUGAUAUUUGCCGUUUGUUGGUUGCCCUUUCACAUCUAUUUCAUAGUCACAUCAUGUUAUCCGGCGCUGACACAGACUCCUUUCAUUCAGGAGGUCUAUUUAGGCAUCUAUUGGCUGGCCAUGAGUAACUCCAUGUAUAAUCCGAUUAUCUACUGCUGGAUGAACUCAAGAUUCCGUUACGGCUUCAAGCGAUUUUUCCGUUGGUGCCCAUUCGUUAAGGUCGACGAAUCUCUGAAUCGGCGUGACAAUAUGACUUCCCGGUAUUCCUGCUCGGGUUCACCGGAUCAUAAUCGCAUCAAAAGGAAUGUUAGACAUUUCCCAGUCAAUUCAUCCUUUUGUGUGUCUCUUGCAGAUACUCAGCGCUCAUUUUUGUAUACCUGUCCGGGCUCGCCAAAAAACCGUCGAGUAGCUUCACAUUAUGGUAUGUUACGUAAUUCCACAAUAGUAUCCCAUCGAGAUCCGUUGCGACACUCUGCGCCAAUUGGCACCAACAACACCGGCGCAUAUCACCAACGCUUCACCAUUAGUCACUGCGGCAAUAGUCACGAGCUUACAUCGCUGACGUCGUUAAGCGGCGCACCGGGUGCGGGACAAUAUGGCAUCGUAAUGAAAGCUGAGCCCAUCAAAGUGGCGCUGCGAAAUGGCAGCGCACAACAAGUGUCAUUGCCAUUGUGGCCAGCGACAGCUGAAACAACCGACACCGAAUCAGCUGCAACAACACCGCCACUGCUGCCUCCGCCAUCCACAAUUGGCGUUGGGGAAGUUGUAGGUGUUGAAGGUUGUUGUGUUGGUGAUGCUAGUGGUGGUGUGUGCCAUGUGGAUGAGACAAACGUGCGUGCCGCAUCUUGACAGUGUGAAGGCACACGCAACAACAACAACAGUGGUAGUGUCAAAGUAGUUGCGGAGCGUGACAAGUACAGCAAUGGUUUAGCAGACGGUUUGGAAUAUAAAAAUGUCAACGGUAGUACAAAAGCUUAUGCUAUUAGCAACAGCAGCAGUAACAACAAUAACAGCAAGCAUCGUGCGAUAGAUGCCACAGAAAGUGGCAACACAAUAGGUGCCCCAAUAGCAAAGACAACAAAAGCCACAACAACUACACUGCUGUCGACCAACACGCCACGUGGCAUUUUCGCCUCGUCUACGACGGAUGAUAAAACAUGGCUGUAAAUUAGCUGUAUAAGAGAUGGUUUAGAGAAACACAUGCUUGGCAGACGCAGCCCAGUAGGUGACCGGAAUAAAAAGCAACAACGCUGGAUUGUCUCAUGCCUCGUAUGUGAAUGGUCGUAAUGAAAGUUGACACUGGAAAGUGUGUUACGUCCAACACCAGGUAGACGAUAUGAAGAAGAUGUGCUGCGCAGCUCUGGUGUUAUCGUCGCUGAUAACCAUUGACAUAUCUAAUUUUAGAAAACUUAGUUUAAAAUUUAAAAUAAUAAGAAAGAGAGGAAAAGAGCGGCCUGUGCUGCUACAAAUUUAAACAGCUAUUCCAUUCAUAGGUGAUAUUUCUUGAAACCAAAUGGGCCACUCUCGACCUAAAUGCGGACAAUGUGAUUCUUUAGAGGCAUUAUAACCUCAAAAUAGUUACAAUGAAAGAUUAAACCCAAACUCACGUACGACCUUAAGAAAGCUAAGCAAACGAAUAGAAUUGUAAUAUAUUAAUAUAUUAUGGUUUAAAUGCGAAUUUCUUAGCUUACUUAAAUCCAUAAUUAGACCACUGAAGAUAUAUGUAAGCUGCUGAAUGUAAUAAUUACAGAAAAAAUUAAAGUUUAUUAAAAUACUUGUUAUGUAAAUAUAUAAAAGCUCGAACUCGUAUAAUUGUAUAUUGUUCACACAAAAAAAAAAAAAACAAAAAAAAACAAAAGAUAAACAGUAUGGAAAAAACAAUGUCAGCACAAAGACUAAGUCAUAACAGCCUCAAAGUGCUUAUGUAUAUAUGUAGAUAAGAAAAUAUUAGAAUACAAUUGGCUAAAAAAGUUUAUAAAUUUAAGCUCAGUGUUUGACUAUUAAGCUUUGCAAUCAUAUAUGUAAAAAAACUCACCAUACCUUAUAUUUGAAGUAAAGGGAUUCACGAAAGUUUAUUGAGUAAACAAUAUAAAUAAGUACAGACGUGUUCGAAAAACUAAGAGCAACCAAAGUUAACAGAAAUCCAUGAAUAAAAUUUUUCAAAAGUA